AGCCGCGCCUGCGGGCAGCCGAGGCGAGGCGCUCCGGUAGCGUGGGGAGGUUUCCUAGCAACUCUCUGCCUUGAGUGCACCCGGCUACCCGCAGGUCUGGAGCCCCCCGGGGGGCCAGAGCAGGACCACCCCUCUCCCGCCCAUCGCCGGCCUCGCCUCUCUCGCAUCCUAGCCGUGUGCACCCCAGAGCGCGCCAGCAACUCGGGCUCUGGACUGCGGGACGCCUGAGCCGCGCACUGGGGCGAAAAGGACAAGGGCACGCAGCCCCCGCCCCGCGAAGCCGGGCUCCGGCACCUCGCGGAACCUCCCCUCCUGCGCUCGCAGCCGCAGGCCCUACUCCCCGCCAGGCAGGGAGCGGCGAUGCCUCGCUCUGUGCCUGCGGGUGUCGGCGGGUGCUUCUAGGGCGCUCCCAGAGCCGCCUCCCCCUGUUGCCGGCAUCCCGAGCUUCCUCCCUUGCCAGCCAGGACGCUGCCGACUUGUCUUUGCCCGCUGCUCCGCAGACGGGGCUGCAAAGCUGCAACUAGUGGAGUUGGCCUCCCUGCCCACCUGUGGAAGAAACUGCGCUGAUUGAUGCGCCAUCGACUUUUUUCCCCUCGACCUCGCCGGCGUCCCCUCCCACAGAUCCAGCAUCACCCAGUGAAUGUACAUUAGGGUGGUUUCCCCCCCCCAGCUUCGGGCUUUGUUUGGGUUUGAUUGUGUUUGGCUCUUCGCUAAGCUGAUUUAUGCAGCAGAAGCCCCACCGGCUGGAGAGAAACAAAAGCUCUUUUCUUUGUCCCGGAGCAGGCUGCGGAGCCCUUGCAGAGCCCUCUCUCCAGUCGCCGCCGGGGCCCUUGGCCGUCGAAGGAGGUGCUUCUCGCGGAGACCGCGGGACCCGCCGUGCCAAGCCGGGAGGGCCGCAGGGGCCCUGAGAUGCCGAGCGGUGCCCGGGCCCGCUUACCUGCACCGCUUGCUCCGAGCCACGGGGUCCGCCUGCUAGGCCUGCGGAAAACGUCCUAGCGAUACUCGGCCCGCGGGCCCCGAGGUGCGCCCGGGAGGCGCGAGCGCGCGUCCGGAAGGCAGCCAGGCGGCGGGCGCGGGGAGGGCUGUUUUGCAUUAUGUGCGGCUCGGCCCUGGCUUUUUUUACCGCUGCAUUUGUCUGCCUGCAAAACGACCGGCGAGGUCCCGCCUCGUUCCUCUGGGCAGCCUGGGUGUUUUCACUUGUUCUUGGACUGGGCCAAGGUGAAGACAAUAGAUGUGCAUCUUCAAAUGCAGCAUCCUGUGCCAGGUGCCUUGCGCUGGGUCCAGAAUGUGGAUGGUGUGUUCAAGAGGAUUUCAUUUCAGAUGGAUCAAGAAGUGAACGUUGUGAUAUUGUUUCCAAUUUAAUAAGCAAAGGCUGCUCAGUUGAUUCAAUAGAAUACCCAUCUGUGCAUGUUAUAAUACCCACUGAAAAUGAAAUUAAUACCCAGGUGACACCAGGAGAAGUGUCUAUCCAGCUGCGUCCAGGAGCUGAAGCUAAUUUUAUGCUGAAAGUUCAUCCUCUGAAGAAAUAUCCUGUGGAUCUUUAUUAUCUUGUUGAUGUCUCAGCAUCAAUGCACAAUAAUAUAGAAAAAUUAAAUUCCGUUGGAAACGAUUUAUCUAGAAAAAUGGCAUUUUUCUCCCGUGACUUUCGUCUUGGAUUUGGCUCAUACGUUGAUAAAACAGUUUCACCAUACAUUAGCAUCCACCCCGAAAGGAUUCAUAAUCAAUGCAGUGACUACAAUUUAGACUGCAUGCCUCCCCAUGGAUACAUCCAUGUGCUGUCUUUGACAGAGAACAUCACUGAGUUUGAGAAAGCAGUUCAUAGACAGAAGAUCUCUGGAAACAUAGAUACACCGGAAGGAGGUUUUGACGCCAUGCUUCAGGCAGCUGUCUGUGAAAGUCAUAUUGGAUGGCGAAAAGAGGCUAAAAGAUUGCUGCUGGUGAUGACAGAUCAGACAUCUCAUCUUGCUCUUGAUAGCAAAUUGGCAGGCAUAGUGGUGCCCAAUGACGGAAACUGCCAUCUGAAAAACAAUGUCUACGUCAAAUCGACAACCAUGGAACAUCCCUCACUAGGCCAACUUUCAGAGAAAUUAAUAGACAACAACAUUAAUGUCAUCUUUGCAGUUCAAGGAAAACAGUUUCAUUGGUAUAAGGAUCUUCUACCCCUCUUGCCGGGCACCAUUGCUGGUGAAAUAGAAUCAAAGGCUGCAAACCUCAAUAAUUUGGUAGUGGAAGCCUAUCAGAAGCUCAUUUCAGAAGUGAAAGUUCAGGUGGAAAACCAGGUACAAGGCAUCUAUUUUAACAUUACCGCCAUCUGUCCAGAUGGGUCCAGAAAGCCAGGCAUGGAAGGAUGCAGAAAUGUGACGAGCAAUGAUGAAGUUCUUUUCAAUGUAACAGUUACAAUGAAAAAAUGUGAUCUCACAGGAGGAAAAAACUAUGCAAUAAUCAAACCUAUUGGUUUUAAUGAAACCGCUAAAAUUCAUAUACACAGAAACUGCAGCUGUCAGUGUGAGGACAACAGAGGACCUAAAGGAAAGUGUGUAGAUGAAACUUUUCUAGAUUCCAAGUGUUUCCAGUGUGAUGAGAAUAAAUGUCAUUUUGAUGAAGAUCAGUUUUCUUCUGAGAGUUGCAAGUCACACAAGGAUCAACCUGUUUGCAGUGGUCGAGGAGUUUGUGUUUGUGGCAAAUGUUCAUGUCACAAAAUUAAGCUUGGAAAAGUGUAUGGAAAAUACUGUGAAAAGGAUGAUUUUUCUUGUCCAUAUCACCAUGGAAAUCUGUGUGCUGGGCAUGGAGAGUGUGAAGCAGGCAGAUGCCAAUGCUUCAGUGGCUGGGAAGGAGAUCGGUGCCAGUGCCCUUCAGCAGCAGCCCAGCACUGUGUCAAUUCAAAGGGCCAAGUGUGCAGUGGAAGAGGCACGUGUGUGUGUGGAAGGUGUGAGUGCACCGAUCCCAGGAGCAUCGGCCGCUUCUGUGAACACUGCCCCACCUGUUAUACGGCCUGCAAGGAAAAUUGGAAUUGUAUGCAAUGCCUUCACCCUCACAAUUUGUCUCAGGCUAUACUUGAUCAGUGCAAAACCUCAUGUGCUCUCAUGGAACAACAGCAUUAUGUCGACCAAACUUCAGAAUGUUUCUCCAGCCCAAGCUACUUGAGAAUAUUUUUCAUCAUUUUCAUAGUUACAUUCUUGAUUGGGUUGCUUAAAGUCCUUAUCAUUAGACAGGUGAUACUACAAUGGAAUAGUAACAAAAUUAAGUCCUCAUCAGAUUACAGAGUGUCAGCCUCAAAAAAGGAUAAGUUGAUUCUGCAAAGUGUUUGCACAAGAGCAGUAACCUACCGACGUGAGAAGCCUGAAGAAAUAAAAAUGGAUAUCAGCAAAUUAAAUGCUCAUGAAACUUUCAGGUGCAACUUCUAAAAAAAGAUUUUUAAACACUUAAUGGGAAACUGGAAUUUUUAAUAAUUGCUCCUAAAGAUUAUAAUUUUAAAAGUCACAGGAGGAGACAAAUUGCUCACGGCCAUGCCAAUUGCUGGUUGUACACUCGAACGAAGACUGACAAGCAUCCUCAUCAUGAUGUGACUCACAUAGCUGCUGACUUUUUCAGAGAAAAAUGUGUCUUACUACUGUUUGAGACUAGUGUCAUUGUAGCACUUUACUGUAAUAUAUAACUUAUUUAGAUCAGCAUAGAAUGUAGAUCCUCUGAAGAGCACUGAUUACACUUUACAGGUACCUGUUAUCCCUACGCUUCCCAGAGAGAACAAUGCUGUGAGAGAGUUUAGCAUUGUGUCACUACAAGGGUACAGUAAUCCCUGCACUGGACAUGUGAGGAAAAAAAUAAUCUGGCAAGUAUAUUCUAAGGUUGCCAAACACUUCAACAGUUGGUGGUUGAAUAGACAAGAACAGCUAGAUGAAUAAAUGAUUCGUGUUUCACUCUUUCAAGAGGUGAACAGAUAAAACCUUAAUCUUAAAAGAUUAUAUUGCUUUUUAAAGUGUGUAGUUUUAUGCAUGUGUGUUUAUGGUUUGCUUAUUUUUGCAAGAUGGAUACUAAUUCCAGCAUUCUCUCCUCUUUGCCUUUAUGUUUUGUUUUCUUUUUUACAGGAUAAGUUUAUAUAUGUCACAGAUGACUGGAUUAAUUAAGUGCUAAGUUACUACUGCCAUAAAAAACUAAUAAUACAAUGUCACUUUAUCAGAAUACUAGUUUUAAAAGCUGAAUGUUAAUAGGGGACACUGUAAAGUAUCAUCAAAACCUGAAUAGCUUCAUUGUGCACAGGUGUGGAGUUUUGUAUCUUCUUACCUGGUAAACUGAAGGGAUUGUUUGGCCAUUUCAUUUAUCUUAUCAUUAAUUCACAAGAUAUUUAGAAAUUCUGCCUCAAGCAAAGUACCACAUUUUGAAUGUUUUCUUAGAUUUUGAUUGCAAGUAGAUAUCAGCGUUUUUUAAAUGAAAAGCUAUAUUAUCUUCUCCCUUCAAGGCAGCCUAAGGAUUUUCUUUCCCAGAAUCACUCCAACCCUUCUUGCCAGAAUUCAUAAAAGUACAAAAUUGGAGAAUUGAUGAUAUCUUAGAAAUAAGCUAUUUUUUUUUUUUUUUUUUUGAGAUGGAGUUUCACUCUUGUCACCCAGGCUGGAGUGUUAUGGUGCAAUCAGGGCUCACUGCAACCUCUGCCUCCCGGGUUCAAGCAGUUCUCCUGCCUCAGCCUCCUGAGUAGCUGGGAUUACAGGCAUCCACCACCAUGCCCAGCUAACUUUUGUAUUUUUAGUAGAGACGGGGUUUUGCCAUGUUGGACAGGUUGAUCUCAAACUCCUGACCUCAGGUGAUCUACCCUCCUCGGCCUCCCAGAGUGUUGGGAUUACAGGCAUGAGCCACCAUGCCAGGCUGCUAAUUCUCCUUUUUAGUGAGUUAGGGAACUGAGCCUCAGAAAACUUAAACAAUUUCUCAAAAAACACUCAAGUGAUAAAGUGGCCACAUUGGAAAGGAGUUUCUAUCUUCUCAUUGCCAGGCCAGUGUUCAUUGCACAAUAUCAUGCUACCUCUUGAAUCUUUAAAAUAUUCAAUUGGCAAAUGUUUUUCAAUGUGAUUUACUCAUGUCUUAAGUGUAUGAGGAAAGUUCAAAGCAAAAUAGAAAAGAAUAAUUCAAACUGAAUUGUCCAUAAUCAGCUUCCAGUCUUUCAUGCUGAUCAGCUUCUUAAGAGACUGAAGCAUGGCAUACCUACAGGGGAAUUCCUUCGCACCAUAGCUUGUAUGACAGUGUUCCCUGGAGUUCUCCAGUGCUCAGCUUGAGACCUUGAUACACGGGCCAUGAGCCCUGUCUUCCCCAAUGGAAAUUUCUUUACACUUAUCUUAUCCCUAGGGACUUAGUCUGAUUUUAUUGGCUAGCAGUCUAACAGUCCUGUGUGGAUAUACAGUUUUGCCCAUGACAACAAAGGAAUCUAUUUGAAAUAUCUUUUUAUAAUUAACUUCCAAGAUUUGCUGUCUUCCAGCACUUGAGUUAAAGUACUAGAUACUGCAUUUUGAUGAAGACUAACCCCAUCUCAUAUUCUACCCUAAAGAGAACUGAAAAACCUAUAAUAAGUUGUUCUGGAGCCAAUAAACACAGUAGCUCUGUUAGAUGUCCUCUACAGCCAAGCAAUUUCAAUGCUAACUGGAACUGCAUUUCCUUCCUCAAAUGAGAGAUUGACAUAAUUCAGUACUGUGAGUCACUUGUAUAAGAAACCUUUGAUCACUAAAAAUAAUGUAAAAAUUGGAUUUAGUAGCCUAAUACACAUAACAUUCUUCUUAAAAAGGAAAAUGGAUGGAUGCCUGACAACCCUCCAAAAGAAAAAAGUGUAAGAUAUCCAUUAAGAUGAUGACAAUUUUUGAAAUGAACAUUAUGAUGUUUAUGAACAAUAAACAAAUUUCUGUUUGGAAUGAAUUAUCCAAAAAGAGUAUAACAAAAUGAAAUCCUUAAAAAUCAAGGGUUUAUAUUUUUUUACACCCUCACUUGUUUGCACUAACUUUAUAGUGGACCAAGGCUGUUACCAUAGGAAGGGACAAACUUCCUUAUAGGCAACUCAAUGUUAGACAAUGAUUGUGGUUAUGCUUGCAAAGUCUUGUGCUUAUCUUUUUUGUUUUUACUUAAAAAGCUAAUUUUUAAAGAUUGUAGGGCUUAUAUUUUACUUGAAUAAUUGAUAUCUUCCUGUGUAAUGAUUUGUGAGAUGAGAAUUAAUAUUUGACUAGUUAGAAUUAAUUAAGUGGUAAGGGAACACAGGGUACUCUUAGGUUAAAUAAUGUAUGUAAAUAGAGUCUAUUUUCAACUAAUAUGGCCACAGGAGCCUUUUGAGAUUCAUUGAUAUUAAACACAAUUAAUGAAAUUUUAAAUUGUUAACAGAAUUGAGAACUUGAACAACACUUUUAGUACUGCAGCAUUUUUGUGCCCUAAAGUAUGUAAUGAUUUAUAAAUGUGCCAUACAUACACUACAACAUAACAUUUGCUUUGUUAUGCAUUUUAUUUCUCUGGGGACACCGUUGCACUGCAGUGCACAUGUAUUUAUAAACAUUUGUUAUAUUUUUGGAAACUUGCUAAUAUUUAUUAAGUCAUAGACUUUUCUGGAAGACUUAAAAAUUCACUAAAAAUCUGAUUAUGUCUUAAAUGUUCAGUUUAUCUUUGGUUUACUAAAAUAACAAAAAAAAAAUCUAAGAUUAAACACAGUAGAUGUUUCUGGAGGCAACUUUCCAAAACUCAACAUUAAAAUUUGUGGAUGCAUGAGAUGCAAUCCUUCAAAGAAUGAAUCUGAAAUAUAUUUUUAAUAUUUAUUUAAUAUCCAUUGAAGAUAUCCUUAUGUAAGACAACAGUCAGCCAUCAGACACUGAAAUAUAUUAUGAUAGACUAUGAAGAAUUUUCUCUGUAGAAUUAUAUUCUUCCUGGAACCUGGUAGAGUAGAUUAGACUCAAAGGCUUUUUCUUUCUUUUCUUACUCCUGUUUUUUCCCACUCACUCGUCCCAAGAGAUUUCCUAAAGCUUCAAGCUUAAUAAGUCUAAUAGUGAAAAAUAACUGAAUUUAAUGGUAUAAUGAAGUUCUUCAUUUCCAGGCAUCUUUAAUUGAUCUUAAAGCUCAUUCGAGUCUUUGCCCCUGAACAAAGACACACCCAUUAAAAUCUAAGAAUUCUAAAUUUUCACAACUGUUUGAGCUUCUUUUCAUUUUGAAUGAUUUGGAAUAUAUACAUUUUCAUAAAAGUAUCAAGUGAAAUACAGUUACAUGGGAGCUCAAUCAUGUGCAUAUUGCAUUCUGUUAUGUUGACUCAAUAUUUAAUUUACAAUUAUCCUUAUUUAUAUGGACCUUAAGAACUCCAUUUUAUGCAAUGCAGACCGCUGAGAUAUAGCUAACAUUCUUUCAGAUAAUUUUCCUUUUAUAAUUCCUCUAUAGCAAAUUUUUAUGUAUAACUGAUUAUACAUAUCCAUAUUUAUAUUUCAUUGAUUCCAAGACAUCACUUUUUCAAUUUAACAUCUCUGAAAUUGUGAAUUUCUUGCAACUGUUGGCACUUCAGAUGCAGUGUUUAAAAUUAUGCUUGAAUAAAUAUUACACUAAUCCAAAUUUACCUAAAUGUUUAUGCAUCUAGGCAAAUUUUGUUUUCUUAUAAAGAUUUGAGAGCCCAUUUAUGAUAACAUAUGAAGGCAAAAUUUCAGGACAAUUGAGUCACGCACAACUCAACAUGGAGCCUAACUGAUUAUCAGCUCAGAUCCCGCAUAUCUUGAGUUUACAAAAGCUCUUUCAGGUCCCCAUUUAUACUUUACGUGAGUGCGAAUGAUUUCAGCCAACCCUAACUUAACCAACAAGAAUGGGUAGGUAUGUCUAUGUUUCAUUAACAAAUUUUUAAUAUUUUUAUUCUUUUAUAUGAGAUUCUUUUAUAUUAUCAUCUCACUUUUAAACAAAAUUAACUGGAAAAAUAUUACAUGGAACUGUCAUAGUUAGGUUUUGCAGCAUCUUACAUGUCUUGUAUCAAUGGCAGGAGAAAAAUAUGAUAAAACCAAUCAGUGCUGUGAAAAACAACUUUCUUCUAGAGUCCUCUUACUUUUUAUUCUGCUUUAUCAUUUGUGGGUUUUUCCCCCUUGGCUCUGAUCACUUUAACUUCAAGCUUAUGUAACGACUGUUAUAAAACUGCAUAUUUAAAUUAUUUGAAUUAUAUGAAAUAAUUGUUCAGCUAUCUGGGCAGCUGUUAAUGUAAACCUGAGAGUAAUAACACUACUCGUUUAUGUACCUGGAAUACUUUUCUGCAUAAAAUUUAUCUUUGUAAGCUAACUCUGUUAAUCAGGUUUCUUCUAGCCUCUGCAACCUACUUCAGUUAGAAUUGUCUAACACUGCUCUAUUAAUCAGGUUUCUAGCCUCUACAACCUACUUCAGUUAAAAUUGUCUAAUACAACAAUAUUUAAAAAAAACACUGCAAUUGUCAAGGAUGGAAAAUGUGUGAUUUGUGUAAAGAAUCUUUACCAACUUUACAUUUUCCUACAGAUAAAUGUGAAAUUUUGAUAAGUCUACACAAUGACAAGUAUGGUACAUAAAUUUUAUUAAGAAUAUUGAGUAUAAAAUACUUUAAUUCUAAAUUAUAAGAAAAUAUACAUUUGCACAUAUUAAUAUAGAAAUUCAUUUUGUGUAUAUUUAACAUAGCUUUUAAACUAUUUUACAUUUAUUAGCUACUUCAUUAUUGUUUCUUGAACUUCUGAAAAAAAUUAGAAAUGUAUUAAACUUAUCGGUAACAUAAAAACUUAUUUUGUUUCACCUAACGAAUACUGCGUUUGUAAAAAUAAAUUUAAUAUAGAAUAUAUUUUUAAAUUAAAUAUUUGAAUAUAAAAUUGCUCUAAGAAAGAAGCAAAUUAUCACUGAACAUAUUUCUUAUUAUUUCUGGCUUUGAAUUAUACGUAACUUAAAUUGUCUUAAAUGAUACAGAAUAUUGGAGAAUAUGAUACUUUCACAUAAUAUACUAUGAACCUGUUCAUAUAACUCUGACUACUAACUUCUGUUUUAUGUAUUUAUUAAAGAGCUGACACUG